AUGAGUGACAAUGAGGAAAUUCAAGGACAGGAAAAGACGGUCGAGACAAGUGGAAGUUCAGCCAGUGCAAAGGAUGAUAAGCAUGAAAGUUAUGAAAGAAUUCUCGAACUGAAACGUAACAAGAGGUCAAAAAAAACAGCAGUGACUAAAGUCCGACACAGUUUGGAAAGAUUAUGUGCAAAAAAAGGUGAGCUUGACAUUCAAUCAAUAGAAGGGCAAAUUGAAGGUUUAUGGGAGUUGCUAGAGCAAAGCAUGAGUGUUAUGGAUGAGCUCAGUCAUGCUUAUAUGCAAAUUGGUAAACAUGACAGUAAUGCAACAACGAACACAGAAGCAGAAAAUUUUGAAUCUGAAACAUUACAAGCAAUUGAAAGGGCGGAGGGUGCAAUUAACGAAUUUUUGCAAGUAAAAUCAAAACAAUCAAGUGAACCAGUCAGUAUUGUAAACACUCAACACACACCAACAAGUCAACAGAAUUUGUUAGCAGCAGAAAAUAAUACGGGAAAUAACGUUGGGGUAUCAAAACAUAAGCUUGACCCACUUAAAGUGCCUGUGUUCGAGGGUGAUAAAACACGUUUCGAGGACUUCUGGGGACUAUUCAGUAGUUUAGUGGAUAGCGGGAACGAGCCAGCCAAUAUAAAAAUGGCCAGAUUGCGUCAGAGUUUAAAAGGAACUGCGCUUGAAGCGAUCCGAGGGUUGGGGGUUUCUUUGCCUGAAUACGAGGAGGCUAAGGAAAUUCUGACGACAAAGUUUGGGGGGCGAAGGCGACAAUUGCAGGCUUAUAUGGAUCAGCUAGAGGCAAUGCCUUCCCUGAAGGGUAGUGAUGUGCAGGGCUUUGAGAGAUUUGCAGAUCUUGUCCGGAUAACCGUUGUUAAGUUGCAGGCAGAGGGUCGGGAUGGAGAGUUGGGGGAAGGAACGUUGCAUGGCUUGUUGGUCAAAAAGCUUGCAGAAAGACAGGUUGAAAGCUAUAGUCGUUGGCUUAGGGAACAUAAAAAGGAGAGGUCAGUGUUAAGCUUGAAGGAUUGGUUGAAGGAAGAGGUUAGGGUGAGAGUGGAAGCUGUGGAAAUGGUUCAUGGUGUUGAAGGUAUGGAUUUGUCGUUGAAAAGGAAUGAAGCUGGUGGGGGAAAGUUUAGAUAUGGUGAUAGAGGUCGGUCCCGUACACUAUUUGCUGGUCGUGGUGGAGUUGGUGGUAAGGAUGUGAAGCCACCUUGUGCAUUGUGUGAGGGGAACCAUGGUAUAUGGUCUUGCCAGAGGUUUCAGGAUAUGAAGGUUCAAGAUAGAUGGAAUAUAGCGAAAGUUAAGCACUUGUGCUUUCGCUGUCUUGGGAGUGACCACCAGGGAAAGGCAUGCCUUAGGUCCAAAGCCUGUAAGACUGAUGGUUGUACAAAGAAUCACCAUGCCCUGCUGCAUGAUUCUGCCCCACCAGUUAAACGCCCAGAGGACAAGAAUCCGGUUGUUCCACGGGAGGGGGAAACUGAUUCCCGCACACAUACCACAAUGCAUGAUACCCCAGCCACUGAAGCACUCUCACUACGAACAAUUCCAGUAUGGUUAAAAGCGAACAAUCGAAAGGUGAAAGUUAAUGCGCUACUCGAUGAUGCAUCAAACGAGACAUUCCUUAAUGCUGAGGUUGCAGGAGUGUUGGACAUUCAAGAACCAUUGCAAACAGUGAAAGUACACGUCCUGAAUGACGAGAUUGAAACAUUUGAGUCAAUGCCAGUAAAUGUUACUAUUGAGAGUGUCGACGGACAGUUUUGUAAGAACAUUAGUGUGAAGACCUGCCCUCGAAAGGUUACGGGAAAUUACAAGGUGGAAGACUGGAGUGUUAGCAAGGAAAGAUGGGAACAUUUAACACGAUGUGAUUUUGCAAAGCCGGCCAAAGAUGGGAUG